AUGACAUGUGUUGAACAAGACAAGCUGGGUCAAGCAUUUGAGGAUGCUUUUGAGGUUCUGAGGCAACAUUCAACUGGAGAUCUUCAGUACUUGCCAGAUUACAAAAAUUACCUGGCUUUAAUCAACCAUCAUCCUCAUGUCAAAGGAAAUUCCAGCUGCUAUGGAGUGUUGCCUACAGAGGAGCCUGUCUAUAAUUGGAGAACGGUAAUUAACAGUGCUGUGGACUUCUAUUUUGAAGGAAAUAUUCAUCAAUCUCUGCAGAACAUAACUGAAAACCAGCUGGUACAACCCACUGUUCUCCAGCAAAAGGGGGGAAAAGGCAGGAAGAAGCUCCGACUGUUUGAAUACCUUCACAAAUCCCUGUGUAAUCCAGAGAUGGUAUCUUGUUUUCAGUGGGUAGAUAUAACCAAAGGCAUCUUUCAGUUUGUAUCAAAAAACAAAGACAAACUUGCCGAGCUCUGGGGGAAAACAAAAGGCAACAGGAAGACCAUGACUUACCAGAAAAUGGCCAGGGCACUGAGAAAUUACAGAAGAAGUGGGGAAAUUACCAAAAUCUGGAGGAAGCUGACUUACCAUUUCAGUGAGGCCAUUCUCCAAAGACUCUCUCCAUCCUAUUUCCUGGGGAAAGACAUCUACUACUCACAAUGUGUUCAACCUGAUCAAGAAUAUCUCAGUUUAAAUAACUGGAAUGCAAAUUAUACUUAUACAUAUGCCAAUUACCAUGCGCUAAAUCACCAUGAUUGCUAA